ACAAAAACAAAAAAUGGAUUACAAGAAGGAAAAAACGCUCCGUAGAGGUCCAUGGCUCGAAGAGGAAGACGAACGGCUGGUGAAGUUCGUUACCCUUUUGGGAGAACGUCGUUGGGAUUCUUUAGCAAGAGUUUCCGGUUUGAAGAGGAGUGGUAAGAGUUGCAGGCUAAGGUGGAUGAACUAUCUGAAUCCGAGUCUGAAGCGUGGACCCAUGAGUCAAGAAGAAGAAACUAUCAUCUUUCAGAUCCAUGCUUUCUGGGGUAACAAGUGGUCAAUGAUUGCAAGGAGAUUACCCGGUAGGACUGAUAACGAGGUUAAGAACUAUUACAGGACUCAUUUUAGAAAGAAAAUGGAAGCUCAAAACUAUGAUAAGAUCAUUGACUGGAGCAGAAAUACAGGAGGAGACUUGUUGUGCAAGUAUAAGGAAACUGAGAUCAUCACGUGGGCGAGGACAACGACUCAAGAACAUGGUUUUGAUAAAACUGUGAAGGAAUCUAAGCAGAUUAAUAUGGAGAGUGAUAAAGAAACUAAUGGUGGUAUUUUCGAAAGAGAGAGCUUUGGUGUAAUGAAAUCACCAUACGAAAACAGGAUUUCGGAUUGGAUAUCAGAAAUUUCUACAGACCAAAGUGACGCAAAUCUUUUAGAAGACCGUACCAGCAGUAGCAGUGAAAAUAAUAUUGAUAUCAACAUUGGUUCCUCGUGGUUUGAAGAGACUAGGGACUUUGAAGAGUUUUCAUGCUCUCUAUGGUCAUAACUGAUACUAGUUUUGUUUCUUGAUUAUAUGAC